GCUCACUACGCGCUCGAUCAUCACCUCACUUUCACAACAGACGACAGCAUGGCGAGGAAACACAAGGAGGAUUACGAAGAACGCAGCUCUGACGACGAAGAGAUCGGUGCGGAGGAUGGCCCACCUACGAUCAACCCAUACGAGAUUCUUGGCCUGGAGCACCAUGUGACGGCCGAAGAUGUGAAGAAAGCGUAUAGGAAGAUGGCGCUGAAGCAUCAUCCAGACAAGGCUGCCGACGGCGACAAAGAAGCUGCGAACAAAAGGUUCCAAGAGAUCGCAUUCGCAUACGCCAUCCUUUCAGACGACCGCAGACGUAAGCGCUAUGAUCUUACCGGAAGUACGGCCGAAUCACUCGAAGAUGAUGAAGACUUUGACUGGCUGAGCUUUUAUCGCGGACAAUUCGAGAACAUCGUCAGCGAGGAGGCUAUCAAUAAGCUCUCGAAUGAGUACAAGGGCAGCGAUGAGGAGCGAGGAGCUCUGCUGAAAGCUUACAAGAGGUACAAGGGCAACUUGAAUCAGAUCUACGAAGCCGUCAUGUUAUCAGAUAUUCUUGUUGACGACGACCGUUUCCGAGAGCUCCUGGACGACGCCAUCUCGAAGGGCGAGAUCGAAUCAUACCCCGCAUAUGCUAAGGAAACGGACGAGACACGCUUGAAGGCCAAGGAAGCUGCAAAGAAGAGUCGUGAGGACUUCGAUAAACGUCAAGCAGCUGAGGAGGCCAAAGGAAAGCAGGCGAGCAAGGCGACCACUAACAAGGCGACCAGCAAAGCAAAAAGCAAGAAGAGUGGCGGCGGCGAUAUGUCUGAUCUUGCAGCUCUCAUUCAACAACGCCAGAAGUCAAGGGCUGGGGGGUUCUUUGACCAUCUCGAGGCGAAGUACGCACCCAAGUCGAGAGGCAGCAAGCGUGCCACGCCUAUGGAGGAGCCACCUGAAGAGGCAUUCCAGGCUACAGCUGCUCGAGCGAAGAAGCGCAAGCAGAGCAAAAGGGUCGUAGAUGAUGAAGAUGAGGACAUGGAUCUUGGCGAAGAGGAAGCUAACAUCUCGGAAGACGAUUACGAGGAGGAGGUUGCGCGCAAGCCAAAAGCACACGGAAAGGCUAGAGGACGAGGUCGCGUGAGCAGCAUUGCUUGAAGGCUUCCAUCGGGCUACCCCAUCCGAUUCCCUUUAGGCUUGUAGUCUUAGCGUUCCCGAUUGGCAUUCAUUCUGGAAACAUUGCAUAGCACGGCGUCUGUUCACUGGGUAGGCUGCGGCGUCUGGGUAACUGCUGCGAUGAAGUAUCGUAAACUCACACCAGUCAGCUGGUUGCCUUCGUAUGAAUUUCUUCGUUUGUUCUUUUCCGAUGCUCUGAAUUGCGCAUUCGU